CUUUGCGCAUGCGCGAUAUCUCAGUCAGCAGCGGUGCGGAGAGACGAGUGCAUGGCUGCGCGAGCCGUGAUAUUAUUUAUUUAUUUAAUCACACAUUUAACGGUCGAUAUUAAAAUAUAAAACCAAUCGCAUCAUAUAAUCAUGUGUUGGAAAAGUUUUAAAAUUACCAAUUGGAUCGUCCUUUAUUUCGGUUUGGUGGGGUUAUUCAGGCAUGUGGAGUGUGCAGAAAACAAAUAUGACAAUUAUACCCUGAUCAAGAUUUAUCCAACCGGUAUACAGCAAAUAGAAGCAUUGAAAUAUCUAGAAGAACCCGAGCAUCAAGUUGAAAUUUUAAAGAAAAGUCGAAGUUUCAAUGAUAGCACUGAUAUCUUGGUGUCGCCGAAUGACAUACCGUUUGUCAAAGAAUUCAUUAAAAAUGAAAGUUUGAAUUAUGAACUCAAACGUAACUAUGGAAGGACGUUUGAGAGUGUUGAGCGAACGCCAAAAAGAAGAAUUCUACGAGGAUUUAGUUUUUACGAAUAUCACUCAUUUCCCGCUAUCCAGGAAUAUUUAGACAAUUUGGCGAAACGUCAACCCGACUUAGUAAAACUUCAAAAUUUAGGAACCAGCUACCAAGGACGACGAAUGAAGCUCGUUAAGAUAUCGUCAGAUCACAACGCACAAAAUCCUAUCAUAUUUGUUGACGCUGGUAUCCACGCCCGCGAGUGGGUGGCGCCAGCGAUGGCUCUAUACCUGAUCCACAGGCUGGUCAACGACCCCGAUGCCCGUAAAGAGCUGGACGGAGUGGAUUGGUACAUCCUCCCGGUUGUCAACCCUGAUGGAUAUGAAUAUACACGCACUAGUAGAGCGAAUCGUUUAUGGAGAAAGACCAGAUCAAAAAACUCUCAGUUUGAAUGUUUUGGAGUUGAUGGCAACCGUAAUUAUGGUUUCAAAUGGGCCGUUAGUGGAGUGUCUACUAAUCCUUGCGAUAAGGAAACUUACGCUGGACCAAAACCUUUCUCCGAAGUAGAAACACAGAUGGUCAGAAACAUUAUGAUGGAAAAUAGCAAAAGAAUGAAAUUGUACGUUUCCUUGCAUUCAUAUGGUCAAUACUUAGUUUACCCUUGGGGUUACACAGGAGAAUACUUGCCAAAGGAAUGGAAAAAAUUAGAUACGAUGGCAAGGAUAGUUUCAGACGCGGUACAAAAGGCUGGUGGUCAGCCCUUUAAAGUUUUAAGUGCUGGAAAGUGGUAUGCUGCCGCUGGUGGUAGUGAUGACUUCGCUUACGGAGCAGUCGGUGUUCCAUAUUCUUAUACAAUGGAAUUAACAAGUGGUUUUGAAUUUAUAUACCCUGAACGACUUUUACGCACAGUUUUACCACAGUACUACGAAGGUUUCAGAGCGUUCGCGGCACAAAUAAAAAAAGAGUUCUGCUUAAAAUAUAUUGGACAGAGAUGUAAGAUUAAUUCGCAAGAAGAAUCUGGAACAAACAGCUAAAAUUAUUGCGAAAAUUUACGGUUAAUAAAUAAAUUAAACAUGAAAA